CAUCAAUAGUUAAAUUUCAAAAAUUCACAAUGGGACAUCAUUUAAAGGAAAAAACUACACACAAGACUGCGUUGAAACCUAAUUCCAAACCCACGCCAUCUUCAACCAUCUCAAUUAGUUCACCUGAUCCCUUCUCCGCCCUAACUGUUCAUCCUGCCUACUGUGAGGCUAACCAGAGGGUUCGGGCACACCUUCUGGGAGGAGAUGGUCCACUUCCAUUCCCCACACGUCACUACAUCGCAAUCAUGGCGUGUGCCCGCUACGGAAUGGGUCGUCUUGUUGCCUGUGAAAGAUCGGCGUUUCUGGGGGCCGGCGGUGACCCCGCCUGGCUCGACGGUAUUAGCUCAGCACCGAUCAAACUACGGCGAUUAGUUACAGUCAAUAAGAUUUUGGCUCACAGACCCUGGUGUCUUUCUCAAAUACACAUUAAGGAAUUGACCGUUGGGGAAGGGAGUUGGUCGUUGGCUGAGUUAGUUCAAGCUAUUGUGAUUCUGGUACACUUCCACAGUGCCUGCAGUUUCGAGUUGGGUGAUAACGGUCAAACAAGCAGACGCAAUAAACAGGGCCAAACACAGACUAACAAAGUGAAAGAGGAAACUAAGCCUGAAAACGUUAAAAAGGAGGAUAUUUGUACUGCAUUGGACCACAUGUACAGUCUACCGCCAGUUUCUGAGAAGCUGAACCCUGUUGUACAGUACACAGAAGACCCUGAGUACAAGUACAUAGAUCUAUCCACUCUGCCAAACUCAAGUAACCUACAGCUAAGAGUACAUGAUUUUUCCUGGGACGAUCAUGGAUUCUCGGUAAUGUCUCGUUUUUACGCGGAUAUGUCGAUCCUGUUAGAUGAUAAAUUCAGGGUGAGCACGCAUAUGACCAAUAACAGUUAUGGAAACAAGAAGUCUGUGGAUACAUCUAGGUUUAGGAGAGCUAUCUGGAACCAUGUACAGUCUUUGUAUGGAGUUGUGUAUGAGGACUACGACUAUAACGAGGUUCAGGAACUACUGGAUACCAACCUAGAGAACCUGGUUCGAAGAAGUACCGUUGAUCCAGCAUCUCUAAACCACACAUCUGUACAGAAUACAAUGUUGGAUCUUAAACUAGCAGAAAAGAUUCACGUGAAAAUACUCAUCAUCGAAGCAAAAAUGCAGGCGCUGCUACUGUACGCUCUUAGAGCAAUUAUGGAGCACAUGGCCUAGGUGCUCCAUUGGAAUGCUGUCAGAGCACUGAUAGCGCCUAGUUGCUCCCCAAUAUUAAAAAACCAAAAAAUUUCCUUCAGAGUCUCUCUAAACCUCACAUCGUAUAAUUUACAUCGUAGCAAAAACCUUUAAACCCUAUAAACCAAAAACACAUUCUCAGAAAUAUUGUAGUUGUACAUUUUUGUACUAAUUGUACUCCAUUGUUCUUUGUUUACCAAGUGUACUCAUUGUAUUGUGCAAAUGUGCACGCAUUUAUUGUAAGGUUAUUUAAGCAUGUACUAUUGUAUAAUUGUAUAAAACAAUCACUUUUGCCAAAAAGAUUUAGUAUUUUCAACAUUUUACAAUCGUUAUUUUACUCACAGUUUUUUUUUAAAUUCAACUGUUAAAUUGAUUUUAUUGUUUCUUUGCUGGUAAAUUGUGUAAAUUUAUUUUUCAUAUCAACAAAUUGUAAUUAGCCUUAAGAAACCAUCGUAGGUUUGGUAAUUGAAAUAUGUACUUUGUAAAGUACACUGUACUCAAUAACAGUUCUCAAUGUUUCUUAAGUUAAAGUUUAAAAGGAGGUUUAAAAUGGCGAUUUCUACCCAUUUUUGACCCCUUAUAAUUUGACAUCUCAUGUGUAGUCUUUCAAAAACUUUUUUCUGUAUCUUCUUUCCUAAUUUGGCCUUUAAAACUUUCCAAAUACUCUGUACUUAAUUUCUAAACUUAAACCUAUUUUUAAUUCACUUUUCUUUUCUUCGGGGUGGGGGGGGGGAAGGGGACAUUAUGAUUCAUACAAAUUUACCCCGGGGUUGGUUAGUGGUUUAGUUUGGGAAAUUUAAAAUAAUUGUUCAGUAAUUUGCAAAAAAGUGCAUAUUUUACUAGUUAAUAUUUACAUUUUAAGCCUGUUUUGAAGAAGAGAGACAUUCAGGAAACUUGUAACAAAUUUAUUUUUUUCAUAUUUUUUGAAUUCUCAUCUCUGACAACAGCAUUGGGCACAUGUAGUGUACAAAAAAAUGAAAUCCAAACAAGAUUGGAGUCGCAAUUGUAAAAAGAAAAAUUUACAUUUAAGUCAGAAAAGAAAAUUCUUUUCCUAAUAUAAGUGAUGAACUACCGAAAGUAGGCUGUGCAUUCCUUCAGAUUUUAAAAACUCCAAAUUUAAAAUUAUUUGGUUUGGAAGAAAAUUCUCAAAUCCAUUAAUUGAGCUGUGAACCCCUGCAAAGUAAUGACUAAA